GGUGCUGGUGGAUCAGAGGAGAAAUUUCCUUGAACCAGACGCGCAGUGGAGGCUAUGGUCCCCUGACGAGAAAUCCGUCCCAUCGCCGUUCAUUCAGCGGCCCAGUAAAUCCACACUGGACACGAAGGAACUGAUCCAUUUAUAGAAAACCUCAUCAGUCGAUUACAAAGCGAGAUAGCUCACAGUGUAUGACCUUGCAUUGAAAGUCAUCAUAGACGGAUUUCUGAAAGCAGCGUUACGGUUAUUACCACAGACAUGGAGAUUGUAACACAUCUGAUUAAUGACACCAUAGAGUUCUACAAAUGGACCCUAACUAUUGCAGACAAGCGAGUGGAGAAAUGGCCUCUGAUGGACAACCCCCUGCCCACGCUGGCCAUCAGCACCUCCUACCUGCUGUUCCUCUGGCUGGGACCCAAAUACAUGAAGAACAGAGAGCCUUUCCAGCUCCGCAAAACACUCAUUGUCUACAACUUCAGCAUGGUCUUCCUCAACUUCUUCAUCUUCAAAGAGCUUUUCAUGGCGGCACGAGCAGCAAGCUACAGUUACAUCUGUCAACCAGUGGAUUAUUCUAACGACCCCAAUGAAGUCAGAGUGGCAGGAGCUCUGUGGUGGUAUUUCGUUUCUAAGGGGAUUGAAUACCUGGACACAGUGUUUUUCAUCCUGAGGAAAAAAUUCAACCAGGUUACCUUCCUGCACGUCUACCACCACUGCACCAUGUUCACGCUCUGGUGGAUCGGCAUAAAGUGGGUGGCAGGAGGACAGUCAUUCUUUGGUGCACAUAUGAAUGCAGCCAUCCAUGUUUUGAUGUACCUGUACUAUGGUCUGGCCUCCUGCGGACCUAAGAUCCAAAAGUACCUGUGGUGGAAGAAGUACUUGACUAUUAUCCAGAUGAUCCAGUUCCACGUCACCAUCGGCCACACGGCUUUGUCCCUCUACGUCAACUGCGACUUCCCCCACUGGAUGCACUACUCCCUCAUCUGCUACGCCAUCACCUUCAUCAUCCUCUUCGGUAACUUCUAUUACCAGACCUACCGCCGCCAGCAGCCCAGACGCGACACCUCCUCCUCCAAAGCCAACAAGGCCCUGUCUAACGGGACUCUCAAUGGGCUCAGCAAGGCCGCCAACGGAGCAGUGGUGACGGGUAGCAAAGAGGAGAAGGCCCAGGAAAGUUCUGGAAGGAGGAAGAGGAAAGGAAGAGCCAAAAGAGAUUAGGGGAAGGAGAGCGGUAGAGGUGAGGUAGGGCUCACAGGCCUUGCUUUGAGGUUGACUUGGUGAAAACAUGAGGGACAAUUUAACAAAGAUAUACAUGGAUGGAUGUGUAAUGGUGUGUUUUUUCAAGCCGUGGUCUGAGUUGUUGUAGAUAAAAUAUGAGACAGACCUGCCUUGAGUGAGCUGUGAGAGAAAAAAAGAGGAUUGUUCUGUCUGCAAGAUGUGUCAAAGGUAAUGCCUAAGGUGAUCACAAAUAACCUGAAAUACAAUAGUGUCUGGUUUGGGAUAGAUCUUAGUAUUCCGUCUCUUUAUUGUGGUGCCAAGUAUUGUACAUUUGGUUCAAAAAGUGGAUCUCAGCUACUAAAAAACUGAGCCUGAAAUGGAAAUCAUGGAGUUUUCCUUUACCGGGCCGAUUUAGCAUGCUGGGAAAGCUCCAUUUAACGCACCUGAGCUGCUUAAAAAGAUUAUGUACAAACGUUGCAAGCAAACACUGCUGUACUGAGACAGGAAUACACAUCAUAACACACGCACAGAUAUUUUACUUUAUAUAUGAGCUCUUUUUUUUGUCGUUCACCUUUAGAGAUAUAAAACAGAUGAUAAUGUACAGUAUCUUGUCAUAUUCGUCCUCGUCCCAGCAUCUUCAUUCAUGCUAUUACUGAUGUGAGGGAGACUUAAGUUUACAGUAUGUUUUUUUAAGACACACAUCUGCUUUUAUCCACUUGGUGUGACUUAUUUAUACUUGUUUAUUUAAGGAUGUGAACCAGCUGCCACUCAACUGUGAGCUGCCAUCCAUUAGACCACAGUAUCACUGAAAAGAAGCUAAAUAAAUCAAUAUCCAGUGGAAAUACGGAUAUAAGAAUAGGAAAAAAAAAAAAAAAACAUAUUUAUAAUCCUUUGAGACUUGGAUCUGAUUUAUCCAUCACUGGUUUAAGGUGGAAUAAUCAUCAACUGUAGCUCACAGAGGACUAUAAAUGACAUUUUCUAUUUCUGUAAGAAUACAGCCUGCAGGUUUUAUAUAUCUUUACUUGUAUGUCAUGUGAUGAAAUGUAAUGACUAUUAAUCACAGAAAUGAUGGAUCUGAUGAUAAUCUCGACAUUUACCCUUCGUUGACAGAAAACGGUGGUUUUGUCUAAAAUGUUUGCAGAUGUUUGUCUUUUUAUAUCCUCUCUGACGUUGUCGUUUGUCUUACAUGCUGGUAAAUAUAUUGUGUGCCGAACAAAGAAGUGGUGAUCUGGGUUCCCUUUGUGUUUAUGGAGAAUUCAGAGAUGUCUUACAGCCAGUUCUUAAAUCUACCUUCAGCACUACUGUCCUUUCAGUGAAAUAUCUUCCUGUAGUCAAUCAGUUACCUUUUUCAGGCAUAAUCCAUAUCCUCCUCUAGCUGGAAUGAGCUUGAAUGUAAGUUUAUCAAGGGGAUAAACUUGGAUUAAAAGAGGAUAGAGGUUAUGAUUGAUCUAAAACUUGAGAUGGUUAACCUCUAUGGAGUUAUAGUGUGGUAUAUCACUUUGAAAUAUCCUGCUCUGCCUGUAGUAUAGAGUAUAAAUCAAUGGUGGGCUCUAUAUCUGCAAUCCAGCUUUACGUCAUUCGUCAACCAAUGCAUUAUGAUGUUAUUUAUAGGCUGUUAUAUUUAUUCUUUUUUUUUUUUUGUAAAUACCAAUUGUUCAUCCAGCUAAGAGUGAUUGUCUAUGUAUUUGUGGUUUUUUUUUUUUUUUUUUUUUUUUUUUUGUGUUGUACAUAUUACAUUGUGAUAUUUUGUACACGGCGCAUUUGGGAACGUUCCCAGCUUGUUAGCUUGGACAUUUAAAACGUCCAUGUUGCUUCUGUGUUUUUUUUAAGUAUCAUAACUUUGAACUCCUCAAAUUAAAUUAAACUGAAUGCCUGUAUAAAA